AUGGAGGCCACGGGUCCCCACGCCCUGCCCCUCUCAUGCGACUACCCACCGGCAUCUGUUAGCAAGUCCGUCUCCACCGCGCCCCACCUCGGUUAUCUCUUUAGUCUCCUUUCAUGGGUUCAGGGGGUUCCUCCUCCCAAUGCUACAACUCCAACUCUCGAGAUCCAGUCCCCACUUUCCUCUCGGUCUGCGACGGCACCUCAUUACCAGGGCCACGCAACGGAACUGAAACCAGCGACAGCAGGGGAGUUUAGGGAUCGUAUAGGCCACGUCCCGCUCCGCCCCGCCAGUUCCCUCCGGUCGACAUUCCUCCAUUACCGGACUGGGCCGCGCCGCUCAACGCCCUUCUCUCCCCAAAAUCCCAACCAGCGCCAACGCUGGGUGCAGCGUCCGAGCUCGGCAAAGGACCCCCUUUCGUCUCCUUCUGCCAUCAGUGUUCCUCCUCCUCUCGCACGUCCAGACUCACAUCUCUCUUUCUCUCCUCCUUCACAUCCUCGUCCCCAGAAUCCGUCCCCACGACAAAUGCUCACCCACCAGCUCAGACGUCACCCCUACACCCCAUCCCAUCGCAUGCUCUAA